AUGUCUCUCCACGACGACUCUUCCACCGUGUUAUCGGUGCGUGGCUCCGAGUCGGGCCACAUCGUCGACAUACAGCCUGACUCCAAGACUGCCGACUUGCCUGACUUCUAUGCGAAAUCGUAUUUGCACCUCCCCUCCCCUUCCCUCGUUGCACACUCGGAGAUCAUAGCUCUCGACGUCGGCCUCGCUAAAAUACGGUACCGCAUUCACCGCUCUGUCCUCGCGCAAUCUCCUGAGCUCGCCUCCAAGCCUGCGCUCAAGCUCUGGGGAGAGAAGACGCACGACACGGUCGCGUUGCCGGAACUCGAUGCCGUGACUGCGCACACUGUUGUAGCGUUCCUGUACACAGGGCGGUACGAGGCGCUAGAAUGGCUGGGGGAGAAAGGGAAAGGGGAGGACGGGGUGGCAGCGUAUAAAUUAGCAGCGUGUGUUUACUGCGCGGCUGUGCGGUACAAGAUCCCCGGUCUGGCGGAGCUAGCGCAGGAGAAGAUCACCUCUGGAGGGCGCGAGCUGAGUAUCUUCGACGUGCUGGGCGUGGCGCGGGAGCACGCGUUUCCUAUCCUGCCGGACGACGAAACGUGGUUUCCGAGUUAUCUCGAGGGGGUUAUUAAGAGCGCUGUGGGGCGGAAUCCGGGGCUGAUUGUCAAGCCGGAGUUUGUGGAUCAGAUUGAGGGGGAUAGGAAGUUUAGGCAGGUUGUUAUGACGGCGAUUGUGAAUACAUAUUCGGGGGGAACGGGCGGGGGUGAUGAUCCGCCUAUGGACAUAGAAGAAGGAGGUGGCGAGCAGAGCAAGGCGGCUGAGGGAGAUGGUGAGGACGUCGUGGAUGACUCUGCGCCCCCAGAGCCGGUUGCUGAGGAGGAACGGGAAGAGCAGCCCAGCACUGCGACCGUUGACGGCGAUAAAGAGGAUGACGUCCAGCUCGAUGACAUUGAGCCUACUAUUCCCGACUCACCCGAACAUCGACCUGAGACCCCUAUGUCGCCCCCAGCACCUGAGUCUGUCACAGACGAGCUCGACUUCAAGAACAGCAAGACGUAUCAAAGUAUGGGCAAGCCGCCGAGUCAUGCGAGGCACGACUCGGUCGUUCAGGCGGAGGAGUCUGAGCCCAUCGAGCCUGUGGAGAGUGAUGAGAAGAUGGUGGAGGAUGAGGAAAUCGCUUCUCCCCCAGCGGAGGUCGCGUCUCCGAUUCUGGAGGGUGUGAUUGGAACGAAUGCUCCAUCGAAGAAGACCAGGAAGAGGAAAGGAAAGAAGGGCGGUACGACGUUCGCUUAG